AAAAGCGGUUCUUCAGGGAGGUGGGGGUGGAAAAGAUCACGGCCAUCUGCACGGACUCUUUUGCGGGCAACACGAGUGCUGCGAGGAUGUUGAGGGAGGACCCCGAGUUCAACGAGAUCUAUUGGCUGCCUUGCACCGCUCACUGCAUGGACCUCCUCCUGCACGACAUUUGCAAGGAGUGGGCGGCUGAGAUCAUCAGCAAAGCGAACAGAGAGGUGACCUUCUUCCGGGUUCACAGGUGGCCCAGAUCGGCAUUGAGAAUUGCACUUGUCAAGUUCCCGGACUUGAAAUGCAGCUGUCUCCUUCGACCGGCCCAAACGAGAUUUGGGACGCACUACGUGAUGCUGCAGCGGCUGGAGGUCUGCGAGAAGGCGAUCAGACGCAUUGUCACCGGGCAGGAGUGGGAGGCGCAGGUCUGGCGAGGGGACAUCAGGGCCAAGGCCUUCUUCAUGGAGGAAACAGUUCUUGACAGGGUCUUUUGGACCGAUGUCAGGAAGCUGACUGCCGUCAUGAAGGAGCCCUAUAAUGUGUUGCGAGAGGUGGACAAAGAUGUCCACUGCUUGUCAUGCAUCUACGAUAUGGCGUGUCGGCUUCCCGGCUUCGUUCGAUCGGCCCCCAUCAGUGCAGAGCAGCGAGAGGACAUCCUCAGGGACGUGGGGAACAGGACGGAUAUGCUGCUCAGCCCCAUCCACGCUGUGGCUCGGCUCUUGGAUCCUCAGUUGAGGGACAUUACUGUUUUCAGUAAUGUCGACCUCAUGACACAGUUUGAGAGUGUGGUCGAGAGGCUCAUCGGGAAGAAGGGGAGUACGAGAUUCGAUGACUGCAUGGACCAGCUUUACGACUUCCAGUUCGGGCGAGGAGUCCUCGACACCCCUCAGGCAAAGAAACGGGCUGCGAAGGACAAUGCGGUGCUAUGGUGGGAGGCGCAUGGGGUGGGGCAUCCGGAGAUUCGUGAGCUAGCCAUCCGAGUGUUCAGGGGGGAAGACGGACCCACGAUAGCAGGAGGGUGGCUGGGGCUCUCAGCUGACUUAGAGGACGAGGACCUGGAGGGUGACAUGGCGAAUGUCACCGAGGCCAUUGACGACCACGAGCCUGCUAUCGGGGGCGCCGGUUCUGCGGUGGGCAGCACCACUGUUCGCCAUGAUCGAGCCGGCCCAUCAACAUCGAGGUCCGUGCAGAGAUUGGGGCAUGCAGAGGAGGUCGACGAGGAGGAGGACGACGAGGACGAGGACGCCGAGGAUGAGGACGAGGAGAAGGAGGAGGAGGAGGAGGAGGAACACAUUCCAGGUGGAGGAGCGGCAGGUGGAGGAGCAGCAGGUGGAGGAGCAGCAGGUGGAGGAGCGGGGGGAGGGUGUGCAGCAGGGAGAGGAGCGGCGGGUGGAGGAGUACUUGAAGGAGCAGCAGGUGGAGGAGCAGCCGGUGGAGGAGCAGCAGGGGAAGGAGCAGCAGGUGGGGGAGCAACAGGUGGAGGAGCAGGGGGAGGGUGUGCAGCAUCGCACUAACAUGCGAUCGUUCUAUGGUGUCAGUCACCAGUCGC